AACAGUCUUUAUGAGAGUCGCGCAAUCAACGCACACGCAACGCAAGUCGAGCGGAAAGAAUCAGAGCAGCUUAGAAAGUCAGCGAAAGUUCAAGAAAGUGAAGUAACAUAUGUAUACAAAUCCAAAUACAAAUAAAUUAAGUUGAAAAUAAAUAUUUGUGAAAUGAAUGCAACUUGCUAGCCAGUGAUUAAGUGACUCCAGCAUUGAAAUUAUAAAACUAUUGUAAAUAUGAAACAGUUGCAAAUCUUACUGUUGUUGUUUCUCUGGCAACUGAGCUGCAUUUGCUCUCAGAACAGCAGCUUGCGAGUUAACACAUAUCUCAAGGAGAUGGGCCCUACAGCUAUGGCCUUGCCAUCGAUACAGGCUGCGGGCAAUAUUUGCACACGCGAGGAACCCUAUGAGGAGGUGAUUCAGGUGCCGGAGGUGCAGCCGGUGCGAGUUCGUACAUCUAGCUGGUGCUUGGAUAUACCGCCGCGAUGCUCCUCGUUCAAGACGGAAAUGCGCGAGGUGAUGAGGAUGCAGAAACUGAACAAAACGCGCACUGUUCGCUUUUGCUGUCAAGGCUAUGAGGGCAAUCUCUCGGACAGCCAAGCCAGUUGCAAGCCCAUUUGUCGGGGGGGCUGUGGGCGUGGCAGUUGCCUUAUGCCCGAUAUCUGCAGUUGCGAAGAAGGCUACACGGGCAAGCACUGCACUCAACGCUGCGAUCACGAUCGCUGGGGAUUGGACUGUAAGAAUCCGUGCCAAUGUCGAAACGAUGCGGUCUGUGACAACAAAACUGGCGUCUGUCAUUGCAUCGCUGGCUGGGCGGGGCAAUUCUGUGAACAGCCUUGUCCGCCGGGCACACAUGGCGUCAUGUGCCGCAAGGCAUGCGAAUGUGCUGAGAGACUGUGCCAUCCUCAGACUGGCGAGUGCAUACGCCAGGAUCAUGUGGUGGGUGCCUUGAAUGUCAGCCAUGUGGUGCUGGAGACCAUCAACUCGACCAUGGCGAACCUUACGCACAAUAUCAAUAGCAUUGCCAAGCGCAUUGGCAGCAUGCAGGAGGUGGGAGGCCUUGACCAGGCCUCGCCUAGUCCGCUGCCCGAGGUGAUACUGAUCAAGCAGCCCGUUCAGGAAGCCUCACACACGCCCAAGAUCAUUCUGCACGAGUCGAGCAAUGCCCUCUUGGAGAACUUACACACAGCCGCAGCGGCUGGCGUGCCAACUCCCGAGGUCAUACAUGUGAUCACGAAUGGUGGCAGUGUGUCGCAGGAGCAUCAGCCUCAGCUGAACCUUGCGGGAUUUGCGGCAGGCGAGAGUAAUCCAAGCAGAAGUGCCCAUGAUCAUGAUACCAGUUUGCUGAGCACAAUGAUCGUCAUACUUCUUGUGCUGAUGACUGUCAUUGUGCUCGGCUUCCUUUAUGUCUAUCGACGACAACAUCUCCAGAAGGAGGCUGUCAUCUAUAAUGCGAAUGGCACGCUUUCAACUCACCCCCACAAUACCAAUCCCGAAGUUGUGAUUAGCGAGUCUGGCGCUAUGGGAAAAAUAUUUCACGGACCACUGCCAAAACCUCCAGCUGCAAAUGCCAUUAACCAGACUCUACCGAAUGAGGUUUCUCAACCGGAACUGUAUGAUACACCUAGUAAUAACUCAUCAAUUAGAACACCGCCAUAUGCCUAUGCCAGGAAAGAGUCACUCUAUUCGGUAAUCUCGCCAAAGUCGCGCAAAGGCAGCCUCGACUCGCAUCUUUAUGACGAGAUACGAUAUCAUCAGCAACAGCAGCAGCAGCAGCAACACUUCCAGCAACUGCAACAUCAACAUCAACACCCACAUCAACAUCAACAUUACCAUCAUCAGCAGCAGCAGCAGCACCAACCUCACCAACCACAUACCUCGCAAAUACGCUACCAGCAUUCCACCAUAGCAGCCGCCUAUCUACCGCCCCCAUUGAUGCAGCGGCAGUCAAAUCACCAUCCACAACAACAUCAACAGCAACAUGCGCCAAACUCUCAUGUUUCCCACUUAAUAAUUCCACCACAAGAUUCAAAGUUUCUACAGGUACCAAACCAGAUUACAACACAAAAGAUUGCCCACUUGUGAGUUUGUCAUUGCCACAAAGGAAUUUUUUAAUACUUUUCCAAUUAUCUCUUAAAAUUGUCAUUAAAUUGAAAAGUAGUUUUGGAUUACAUUCGC